GAAGAGGAAAUUACCUAUUGGUAAUACAUUUUCAGUGUAGGAAAAUUAUAACUUCCAAACUACAUCAAGAAAUACCUAAGAGUUUAAUGUAAUUAAUAAAUUUUACUAAUUAAUUCCCUAUAAUGCCAUUAGUGUAAAUAAGAAAAAGCAAAGUUCCAAGCACUGAAUCUUGAGCCACACUAAUAGUAAGAAAGGUCUAGUGUUACUGGACUCUAUUAAUAACAACUUUUUGCUCUUUUCACCCAGUCACCAAUUAAAGCAAUUGUUUAGUCUUUCCUUAACCCCAACAGGGUAGUUUUAAUUUAUGUAAACCUUUAUGUGGCACCUUAUCAAAAGUCUUUCAAACAUCUAAGUACACCAAGUUUAUAGAACUGUAUCCAUCAUACAAAUAAUAACAUUCUCCAAAAAUUCAGAUAUUAGUAAGGUAAGAUUUACAUUUUAUUAAAUCCAUGUUGGCCCUAUUAUGUGGUGUAGUAAAUGAUCUUGCCAAGCUUCUUUUAUUAGGUCCUCUAGAACAUGGGUGGUCAAUAAUGUUCACAGGGGGGCCACUCCAUGAACUUUGGUAAGUUGUCGUGGGCCGCACAUUUCUACUAUAUCAAUUAAAUUACCUUAACAUUGAUUGUAUGUUCUUUUCACAAUCACCAGGAGUCGUGGCAGACAGGACAGAAAUGUUAAGUGAGCUGGAUCUGGCCUGUGGGCUGUAUUUUGCCCACCCUUCCUCUAGAAUCUUUCUUACUAAAGAGCAAGGCUAACCUACAAUUUCAAAAGAAACCUCUAUCCACCAUUUCUAAAAAUAGGAAUAAUAUUGUUAAGCACUAGCAACUCUACAGUGCCAACCAUCUGUAUACUGUAUAUUUACCACCAAAAAUUAAAGAAAAAAAGCUUGCACUUCUCAUCUUCGACUUUAAAACAGUGGAAAUAAAUAUGCUUAUUUUAAUACGCAUAUAUUGCCUUGGAUAUUUGUGUUACCUAACCUUAUGUUGUUUGUACAUUUUAGGCAACAACUUUCUACAAAUUAACUAUCAUGUCUAGAUUUGGAUGAGAGCAUCUCACCUUGAGGGCAAAACUAUCAUUAAAUUUAAAAAAAUGUAGAAAAUAAACCCUUAGUCAUUCCUCCACAUGUUCAGAAAAAAAACAACAACAACAACUUCAGAAUAAAAUGCUAUUCAGUUAACAAAUUUAUUUAAUUUUAUACAUGAAAAUAAAAUACAAAUCACAAAUUUUCAUCUUGGGUUGAAUGAAAGCAUUUGUGUUUGCGAAUUUCCUGAAUUUUUUCUGAGCAUAAUACAAAAUAUGUAAACUGUAGGAGGAAAGUUAUAACAGAGCUGAAUUUACCUUGUAACUUCCAUAUAAAACUCUAGUUUUACCAGGUUUUUGCAAGUCGCUGUUUAUCAACUUUCAGCUUUGAGAAGUAAUAGGCUAGUGACCUAACACUUUUUUACUUUAUAACAGAACAUGGCUUCCAGCUCAGCAGAAAUUUGCAUAAAAUAUAAGAGCAAAAUUAUAAGAGCUUAGCUUGAUGAUAUGUUUCUACAAAAAAAGUCUUUGACAAAAGUUCAUUACAAUAUUACAGUACUGAUUAUUUCUGAACUUUUGCUUUGUCAUUUUAAACACCUUUUGAACUAUGAUGUUGCAGUAUGAUGGGAAAAUAAAUAUUUUUAUGGAACAAGAUGACUGGGCACUAGAUGAUAGCUCAUAUCAAAUGUCACUUUGAUGAUGAGGCUGCUGUGCUAGUUAUUAUUGGUAUAAGUAACUACUUGAGUAAUUCAAAGGAAAGCACCAAAAUACUGUAAAAAAAUGAUUUAUAUAUAUAUGUAUAUAGGAAUAUAAAAUUGGUUAUUUCUCUUCCUUAUAAUUUUGAUAUGGUAAAAAAGUUAUUUUUAAUGUAUGCCAGUGAUCAUAAACAUGGUCAUACUGUAAAGAAUAAAUUUGCAGUUUUAUAAAACAAAAACAUAAUAUAAGAAUAAAUAAAAAUUAAUAAUUAAAAUCUGUGAAAAAGAUAAGCAUUUUAAUGAAAAAAUGUUAGAAAUUUCAAAGUUAUUAAACUCCUUUAAAGUGCUGGCCUCCACUGCUGUUAACGACAUCAUGCUUUAUCAGUCAGUGACUUUGUUAGAAAAAUUGUCUUAACUGGAGCCUAGCUUAUCUGUUUUCAAACCUUAAACUUGAGACUUCUCUUCCUAUUAUCUUCAGAAUUUGUCAUAAAGAAAUCAGAGACUUUAGUUUUGAUUAAUUGGCUAGUUUGAAAGGACACGUUUAGCUUACUUCUCAUUCCAUUUAUUCUGAAAUUUCAUGUCUGUUUUCAAUUUAUUGAGAUGUGUACCAUUAAUGAUACUUUGAUUUUUUUAACUUUAGUUUCAAAAGUCUUUACAUUUUUAUCAUGACUUCUCAAAUGAUGGUGAUAUACACUUAGUCCUGAGUGUUGAACAUUGUUCACACUUAGACUUUAUUUCUGUUGUGGAUUUUGGAGACUCGUUAAUCGUCAGAGUUCUUGCAGUUAUUGUUCAACAUGAUGUGGAUUAUCAUGUGCUUAAUGGGCCUUGUCCUGUCUCGUCAGUCAAAUUUCUAUCUCCUCAGUUAAAAAUAAUCUUCUGAACUACAAGCUUCAUCUGAUUUGCUUUGGGUAGUACUUUAUCAUUCAUAAAACAACCUUAACCUUUCCCUGUCUGGAAUUCUCAGGUAUGUUCAUUUUCUCCUUUUUUGCCUUUUUUUUUUAUUAUAUCUGAUUUCUCAUCCUAUAAUCCACAAUUCGUGAAUUUUUUUUAUUGUAUUGCUCCUUUUUCAUACCCAAAAGCCUUGUCUUUCCCAUGUUUAUGACUACUAUUUGGCCAUGUUUGUUGACUUUUUUCCUUUUUUAUUUUGCUUUCUAGUUCCUUAUUUUUGCAUUGUUUGUCUUCUUCUCUCUCUACCCUUCUGUAUACCCCCUCAUACUUCCAUCUUGUAUCUGAACCACUUCUUUGUUCUUCUAAUGGCUUCUGUGGACAUUCAUUCCCAUCUCUGUUUGGCCUGUUUCAUUUCUUCUGCUUUAUCCUUUGUGCUAUUGGGACUUGUUGGGUUGUGCUUCAUUCUUCUUUACUGAACAUCUUCCUUCUUGUGUACAUAUUAUUUGUCUGCUCUCUUUCUUUGCCCAGAUGUGUUCAGUGGUUUUCUUUUUUCUAUGUUGACCUGGCCAGAUAUUAUAUAAUGUUUGUCCUUGUUAUUAUUGCUAUUUCUCUUUUAGAUCUGUCUCCUUUUCACCUUUCCAUUCUGGAUUCCAAACCAUCCUCUUUUCCUUGUCUCCCUUCUACCAGAAGUCUCAUUCAUCACUUUUCUUGCCAAUGACUAUCACAUAUGUAAAUUUUUUGGAUGCCUUUCCCCUCUCCUGCUGUUGGUCUCAAUUCCUAACAACAGGCAUUUUCAAUUUCUACACCCUAAUCUCUUUCCUUACCCCUCUUCUCUUCACCUAUCAUCUCAUUUCUUUUCUCCUACCUUAUUAUUAUUGCUGUAAUUCUCCUUAAAUUCUAUAUGUGACUCUCUGUGAAGGUUCUUUUGACAUGGGUCCUUCUUCCACUAAUUUCCUCCUGGCAGUAAUGUUUUGCACCACCUUUUGUCUUUCUUAUCUGACUGUUUGUCAAUAGAUUCUCUAUCUUAGCCUUUCCUAGUUGUUGGAUCAUCAUGUAAAUGGCCUUUCUACUUUCCUGGUACCAAGGGGUGUUCCUUCUUGUCUUUUCUUCUUCAUUCCCUUCCAGUCUUCUUGCCCUGCUCCAUUGCCUGAUUGAAACCUUGUUGAGGUUUUACUCUAUCUCAUGUAUACCUCAUUUGAACUAUUAACUUCUUGCCUUUUUUACCAUUUUUCUCUCCUGACUUGUUUCCUCCUCCUUCUUCAUUUCUGUUCUUACUGUGGUUUUGAUGUCUGUCCUCGAGAUGCUUCUUAAACCCUUUUCCCUCUCCUCGGAUUUCUACUGCUCAGGGAUAAACAGUACUUUUUUUUCUAUAUUUCCUUCCAUCUCUCUUCUGUUGGAUCAUUUAGACACAGCUUGGCUCCUGUAUCCUGUUGGACUGUUCAGUGUGCCUUAUCUUGGACCUCUUACUUUAGGGAUCCUUACCUUCUUCCCUUACCUGGGAUCCUUCUUUUCCAUGUACUUCCUUAACAGAUUCCUUUGCACUGUCUCCAUUGAAAGAACUUUCCGGACCAAAGGCACAAUGGUAAUCUGGGUACCUCUGGGUCUCCCCAGUGCAAAUCUUCCCCACUUCAUCCAGUGGAGUACAGGAAACCCUUGCAACUUAUCAGGUCCUAACUGCUGGGGUGGUGGACCAUAGAAAAUCCUCUCUGAUUGGGACCUAAUUGUUGGAGCUAGAGCAAGGGGUGCAAAUAUAGUGAGAAGUGGGGCAUUGGUGACAUCAUUUGUGUAAUCCAGGUCACAUAUAACUCAGAUACAUCACUCAGAGCACACUUCUUCCUCCAGCAGCAUGAGUCUGUGUAGUAGAAUUGAGAUGAGCACACAAUGAAUGACUGUGCCCUCCUUCUGCAGAAAGUCAAUCCAUAAAAUCUGUUCAGUUGUGUAGAGGUGAGCAUCCACUAUACAAAACCAAUCCAUAUCUGUAUCUCAUAUGUGACCACACUCAGUACCAAUACCUACUAUAAAUCAAAUAUGCUCUCUCCUGCAGCUGGUGUAAGUCUAUAGGGUUUAACAGCAGAGUUAAGAGUGUACACAGAUAUUCAUUAUACAUAACAAUGUGCCUUCCUCCUGCAGGUGGAGUUGGUCUUAUAGAGACUGACAGUAAAGUUGAUGAGGUGAGCACUCCAUAAACACCUGUGACGUAUCAAUAACAUACCAUUUUCUUGCAGCCGGUGUGGGACCCAUAGAGAUUGAUGGUCAAGUUGAGGUAUAUAAUUAUCCAUACUAAAUACAAUAAAGUGCCUUCCUCCCACAACUGAAGUCAGUCCUGCAGAAUCUGAUGGUAUGGCUGAGGUGAACAAAGAUACUUGUCACAAGUGCUUUGUUCCCACAGUUGUUUUUGACCUGUCAAGUUUGAUGGUAGAGUUGAGGUGAGCACACAGGGUACAGUCUGAACAUGCUCCAACCACACUACACAUAUUGGCUAUCAGACGACUUGUGUACAAGUACUUGAACACCCGGGUACCAAUUCUGCCCAUCUCUGUAACAAAACUCUGGCUUCUCUGCCUCUUUCCUGUCUUAUAUGAGUGAAGAGUGUACACUAGAGAAGACGAGAUGCAGUCUCCCCUGGGUGUGCCCCUAUGGAGCUCCUGCCAUCAGAUGUUGCACUCCACGGGCCUCCUUCAGACAUGUUUUGAAGGGAGCUCAUCCAGGUAAAUUUUGCAUUGGUCCCUCCACCAUCUCAUCAUGGGAUUCGAGCUAAACUGUAUGGGGAGGUGAAUUACCUUUUCAGAAGUUAACAUUUUCCUUACCUGAAAAUGCAUUUCCAAUAGAUACUUACCUACUCACCCAUCCUCCCACUUCUGAUACACACAUUUCUUACUUGCCUUGUCAUAGAAUGAAGUUUCAUGAGAACAAACAAAUAGGGGGAAGUAUUGUUCAUGGAGGUGUGUCACCUCCAAUUGAUGGAGGGCUUUUGUUGCUUGAUGACAUCAUCAUGGAGUAAUGAAAUUCACCUAAGUUCACGGUAAAUUAGGUUGGAUUUAUUCAAAGCUUGUGGCAUGUAAAUCUCUUUGGUAAACAUGCUGAAGGGCUAAGGAAGAUAGCUAAACUUUGUAUGGAAAUACAUUUUCAGACACAGUCCUAAAUCUUUAAUAAAAAAACAAACAUGGAAGAACUGCACAGAGCCCAGAAAGCAUUAAAGGAUAUUGGCAAGCCUACCUGUUUUUUAAAAAUAAUAAAAAAAGAUCUUCCAGCUGAUAUUCUCUAUGAAGAUGAUUGUUGCAUUGCAUUUCGUGACAUCAACCCUCAAGCUCCAAGUCAUUUUUUAGUUGUUCCCAAAAAACCAAUUUCAAUGUUAGAUAACAUUCAAGAGGAAGACUCUAAGCUUCUUGGUCACCUUUUAAUAACUGCAAAAAAAGUAGCAGCUCAGGAAAAUCUUACUAGUGGAUAUCGACUAGUCAUCAACAAUGGAGAGCAAGGCUGCCAGUCUGUUUAUCACUUUCACAUCGAUGUGUUGGGUGGGCGAGAAAUGGAAUGGCCACCAGGUUAAUGUUCUGAGGAGUCAUUUAUAUUUUUCCACAAAGCUUUAGUCUUUGAAAUUCUUGAUGAAAAUAUAAUAUAAAUUUGAGGAAUAUGUAUAUUUUGUUAGUUGACUGCUCAAUAGUUUAUUGUAGAUAUAAACUUUAAAUUAUUAAGCUAAACAGAAGUACGAAUCAGUUUAAAAAUAUCAGCAUCUGUACUAGCUGAAUUUCUACAUGUUUUUGUACACUGUAAUUAAUCAGAAAAUUAUGAAUACAAAAUUAGUUUGUAUUGAUUGGGAUUUUUGUAUUCCAGAGCUGCUUAAUUGUAGGUUGUGAAUUUUAUUUACAUUUUGUAUUAAAACCAGUGCUUCACUUCAAUUUCAGCUCAUUAAUCAGUAUAACCUUUUUCUGUUGUACAUUGUAAUCUUAUCUCUACUUUUGAUGCAGAUAGUAUGCUUAAGGUUGUGAACAUUUCCAGAGUUUUACAUCAUGCACUCUAAUAAAGUGAUGUAGAUGGAGUUAUAUUUUUUAUCCAAAUAAAUAUUUCUUUUAAUUAACAAGA